AUGGCGAAGGGACGCAACGGCAAGAGCGGCAAGAAGACCACUGACAAUGCUCUGGAUAAGGACGUACCUGACUUACCUGCGAAGGAAUCCGCUGACAGCGGGAAGCCUCUCUUAAUUCCCGCUUCUGCGUCUGUGAUUGGUCCUUUUGAAGCCCCACCGGAGCUGCCGAUCGCAAGUGAGCAUGACGCUGGUUCACGACAAGAGAAAGCUGACGGGGAGGAGAUUGCUGAGGGAGAACCUCGUGAGGGGAUUGAUGCUGAAAGCGCUGAGAAUGACGGUGAUGAUAACGCGCAGCCGGCUGAAACCCCUGAUGACGAAGACGACGGUUACCUGAGUGAUGACUCUGAUGAGCAUCUGGAGCCAGACUCGCUUUACAGUAUUCUUGCUCUGAAACGCUUUUCACUAACCUUGUUGGUGCCGAUUUCCAGUAAGGUAGAAGUUAAGCGUGCUGCUAUCACUGUUGCUGCGAUGUUGAACGAUUGGCAAGAAUUAUUAUCGCCGGACGUGCUUCAAACCACCACUUACCAGGACCUUACACCGAUGUACCUCUCCCGUGAGCGCUACGGCCGUCUGCAAGUUACAUUCAACCACGUUCGAGAUGCAAACUUCGUUUGGAGCCAGAUCAUUCGUCAUGAAUGCAUCAAUGGCGAUUUCAUUGACCUCACCUGGCAGCACCCUGAGGAUGCGCGCUUCUUGCGCGAGCGUGUGCUAAACCCCACAACAAAGGAAGUGGUGAUUAAAGGCGUACCAGGAAUGAUGACGGCGGAACUGUUUCGUUGCUUGUUGGUGGUGUCGAAGCUGGUCAAGCGUGGUAGGAGUGCGUUUGCCAGCGGUUUUGGCUUCCAUCGGACGGUGGACCCGGUGUCUGGCCUGUUCAUCCCCCAUGCCGAUGAUGAGUACCGCUGGAGAAUCUUACUCCGGAAGGAGGAGCUGUUGGAGGUGUACAAAAAGAGCUAUAAGGAGAAGCUGCAGGCAUGGGCAGGCAUUGAAGCGGAGCUAGAAGGGGAGGUGGCGUCGGGUACCCUGUCAGCACAAAUCAAAACGCGUAAGGCGAAGACCGCGAUCAGAGAGGUGUCAAGGAACGGGACCACCUUUCUAGGGGUAAAGGAGGUCCUCUCGGCGGCGACAGACCACUUCCGAGAGGCUUUCAUCUGUGCCGGAGGAGGUGCAGCACCUGCCACGGAGGACCAUCCCAUGCAGCGGCAGCUGGGGGAGAAGAGCAGGAGGUCGCUAAGCGCACCUUGGACGGAAGAAGAGGUAUGGAGGGCGGUAAGGGAGCUCGCCCCAGGGAAAUCGCUCGGAGCGGAUGGCUUGCCCAAGGAGCUUUUCGACCACAACUGGGACCUGCUGGGACCAGUACUGAUGGACCUGAUAAGGAGAUUCACGAGGGGAGAGGAGUUGCCGCAGAACGUCACAACAGCGAUGACCAUCCAGCUGCACAAAAAGGGGGAGAAAGGCGACUUAGGGAACCACCGGCCAAUAACACUUUUAAGCACAGUAUACAAGAUCGUGUCAAAAGUGAUGGCAAGCAGGCUCAAGAGGGUGCUGCACGAGGUCAUCUCUGAGGAUCAAUACGGCUUUAUACCGGGUCGACAGCUGGCAGACGCGGUGGCAACGGUAGCAGAUGCCAUAGAAGCAGGAGCUAACGGAAAAGAGGGCUGGUACCUGUUAAUGAUCGAUUUCCAGAAAGCAUUUGACUCAAUCUCGCGCGACUACCUCUUCAAUACGUUACAGAAGCUGGGCUUGCCGGAGGAGUUUCUGACCUGGAUGGAGGGGCUGCACAGAGAGGCAGGGACGCGCCUGCACAUUAAUGGGUGGCGGGGGAAAAUGUUACAGUGGAUAAGGGGGUGCGCCAAGGUUGUCUGCUGGCGCCGUAUCUGUUCCUCUGCACGGUCGAGCCGUUAUGUCUAG